AUGCCACCACCACCACUAGUAGUGGAAUUACCUGUCUCAGAGAAGUUGACAUCUCUUGGCCUGUGGCCUCGUAUCAGAGUGCUAAACCAACGAGGGGUGGUUGACGACUUGGAGAGAAGAUCCAUCAAGCAGAGUCGACUAUACUCUGGUAUUUCGCAAAUCCAACAGCUUCUUUGCAUACAUUACAGUGACUGGUCCGGCAAGGAAUAA